UUUGGGAAAGGAAUUGGGGACGAUUCCAACAGCAGUGGGGGAGGGGGGCUGGGUAUCACGGGUAGGUGGAGGGGAAGAGUUCAAUUAUUUCCAAGUACUGGCGGCACUGGAAAGAAGUAAGCUUGAGCAGUUAGAGGGAUGUAGGGGGAGGAGCAAGAAAGCCUCUAGAAAGCGAGAGUUGACUUGGGUGAAGGAGCGCUGGUCUGGGGGAGGCUCAGAUCUGGUUCCGGUCUCAGUGUGACCGGACCUCCCCUUGGCCGUCUGGGUCUGAGGCCGGUCUGUGCUGCUCAGGCAGGCGGGCAUGUCCCUGCCGGUCCCUCGGCCCCUCCGCUUCCGCAGAGCCCGGGAGCUGUCCCACUCCGACAACGGAGUUCAACUGGCAGAGCCCUGGGGAGCCGAGGAAGGUGUGGUCCUGGCGCCUCAGACCCCCUGGUCUCCUUGGGAAUGAAGGUCUUCAGGGUUCUCGUGGUCUUUGCCUCCUGCCUGAUGGCCCCCACCCACAGCAGCUUCUGGCAGUUCCAAAGGAUGGUCAAACGCAUCACUGGGCGGAGUGCCUUCUUCUCCUAUUACGGAUAUGGCUGCUACUGUGGGCUUGGGGGCAAAGGGACCCCCGUGGAUGACACUGACAGGUGCUGCCUGGCCCACGACUGCUGCUACGAGAAGCUGAAGCGGCUGGGCUGCCAGCCGGUGCUGAACAGCUACCAGUUCCAUGUCGCCAACGGGACCGUGCUCUGUGAAUGUGCCCUUGGUCCUGGUGUCGGCUGCCUCUGUGGGCUGAGGGCCUGCGAGUGUGACAAACAAUCUGCAUACUGCUUCCGAGAGAGCCUGCCCACCUAUGAGAAAAACUUCAAGCAAUUCUUCUCCAGUCGGCCCCGCUGCGGCCGCCGCAAACUCCAGUGCUAGCGAGGCCGUGUGGUCCCUGCUGGGCACCAGCAUCUGCCCCAGUACCACCCUUCCGGGGAGCCUUCUCACUGUCCCCAGCAGGCUCCAGUUCUCACAGCUGACCCUUCAGCAUCUGGCCUGGGCUGGAGGUCAAGAGUGGGCAAGACAAAAUCCUGACCUUCUAAGGAGGGAGAUAGACCAUAAGUAUACACAUAAAUAAAUGAUAUAUUCCAA